UCAUCAUCAUCAUCAUCUUCAUCACCAUCAUCAUUUUCACCUCCACUGUCAUCAUCAUCACUUUACAGUAUAAUUUAGUGGUGCAAACAUAUGUUAUGGAGACUCGAAAUCAGGCAUAUUAAGUGUAUUUCAAACAAUGUUCAACGUUUUACCCAAAUUAAGGCUUUAUCAGGAACUUGGCUAAGGCAGCAGUAAAUCAAUACCAUAGCAACGCAUAAUUGGUAUGUAAGAGAAAGUAUCACAAAAAACUCAGUGACCUCGAUCUCAACACGUUUUUGACCUGAUUUUAUCGUGUUCACAGCUUUGUUCCUCAAUCUCAGCGCGUAGGAGUUUUCUUUGAAUAAGAAAAAGCUGACAAAUGACUGGGGUGGGCUUUUCCAUGAUCCUGGUAGAGCAUUGAUACAGUGAAAUUGGCCACACGAAGUGGUAAGUUUAUACUAGUCCUGCAAGACUGGCACAAAAAAGAUGUGUGUGUGUGGGGGGGGGUGUAGAUGUUCCAUCGCCAUCAUAUUUAAUCUUCGUCAUCAUCAUUCAUUAUCAUCAUCAUCGUCAUCCUCAUCUCAGUUAUCAUCAUCAUCCUCAUAGUCCAUCAUCAUUAUCAUCAUCAUCAUUGUUAUCACCAAGUAGGCCUACUAUCUGCUCAUUAUAGGUCAAAGCUCUCUGUUGCAUCCUCUUCUAAAAGUUUUCGAAGGGAAAUGUAACUUAUUAAAGUUGUUUAACGUUAUACAAUUAUAUGAAGUCUGAUAAAACGAUUUUUUAAAUGCCCUUUUUUGUAUUCCCUGAUGGAACUAGGGGAAAAAAUGGGGAAAGUGGUUAUAGUGGGCUCCCUAACUCCACCCCCACUGCAAAUUUUAGUAGGAACAUGCCACUUGGCACACAUGUACCUUGAACAAAACUAAGAAUUUUGAUAAACGGACACAAGCUCUAUCUGCAUAAUUUCACUCUAAUUUGCAUAAACUAAAAAUGGACGCCAUUGAAAAAUCAAGCAAAA